UACUGAUGCGGGAUGAGUCAGGCUGUAUGAUGCUACUGCUGCUGCUGUGCUGCCGUCGCUCUCUGCUGCCAUUUCAUCUGCGCCGAUUAGCUCCAAACACUCAGCAAACACAGAAGGGAUUUUUCGGGAUCCCCACCACCACCUCCCGCCCUCCUCUUCAUCCUCUCAGCUCGCCCCCACCCCGCCGCCCCUCUCCCUCAGACGCUAUUGACAACGGGGGGCUCAGUUUGAACCGGACUUCCGCAGGAUCCGUGUGUUUUUCAGAGAAGCUGCACCUGCUGCUCUGGAUGCGCUUCUGUCUCAGCUGUCCGGCGGGGGACCCUGACCGAAAGAAACGGAACAGCUCCGGACUCCAGCGAACCAGUGUGUGUUUGUACUAAUAAUACUAAUAAUACAGAGUCCACAGAUUUUUUCUUUUGGGGCCUGAGCGUCGAACCAGUCCGACUUGUUGGUGCCAUGGAGCUCUCAUCGGCCUGGUCCUGAACAGCAACACCGGCCUAAAGCGGACCCACUUCCUGCUGCAACUCGCGCCGACGCACGCGCACCUCGGGCGCUCCACACCUCAGCAGACCGCAGCGGCAGCAGCGCGCGGAGCGACGCAGUCAGUCGUCAUGGAGGCCAUAUGGCUCUACCAGUUCCGCCUCAUCGUCAUCGGGGACUCCACGGUGGGCAAGUCGUGUCUGAUCCGGCGGUUCACGGAGGGUCGCUUCGCCCAGGUGUCCGACCCCACCGUGGGCGUGGACUUCUUCUCCCGGCUGGUGGAGAUCGAGCCCGGGAAGCGGAUCAAGCUGCAGAUCUGGGACACCGCGGGGCAGGAGCGCUUCAGGUCCAUCACCAGAGCUUAUUACCGUAACUCUGUGGGUGGGCUCCUCCUCUUCGACAUCACCAACCGCCGCUCCUUCCAGAACGUCCACGACUGGCUGGAGGAGGCGCGCAGCCACGUCCAGCCGCACAGCAUCGUCUUCCUGCUGGUGGGCCACAAGUGUGACCUCGAGGCGCAGCGCCAGGUGACCCGGCAAGAAGCGGAGAAGCUGGCCGGUGCGUACGGCAUGCGCUACAUCGAGACGUCGGCGCGCGACGCCAUCAACGUGGAGCACGCCUUCACCGAGCUGACCAGGGAGAUCUUCGCCUUGGUGCGGUCCGGCGACAUCACCAUCCAGGAGGGCUGGGAAGGCGUGAAGAGCGGCUUCGUGCCCAACGUGGUUCACUCGUCAGAGGAAGUGACCAAGAGCGACCGCCGCUGCCUCUGUUGAUCUGGGUGAACGGAGGAUUCGAAAAGGGAGUGGACGCCGAGCGGAGCCGCCGAUGACGGACUUAACUGUCGGCCGUCCAGACGGAGGAACUGUACUUCCUUCAGACUGAAUACGGAUUUGGACGGGUUGGGAAACUCGGUGAACAUGCCGGUUCUCAGUGUCGACGAACAUCAUAACAACAAGCGGAGGAUUUGGAGGGAUGGAUCCGUCUCUGUACAUGUUUUUUGUUCUCAGAGGGAAAAGGGUCAGAGUUGUUUCGACUGGACUGCUUUCCCAGAACGUCUCGCAAAAGGCCUUAGAAACCGGAUCUGUUCAGAUGACUAUCGUUUUGAUUUCUGCCAUUACCUCCUUUCCAUUAAACACCUCUCAAUAUGCAAUUUUAUGAUCACAUUAACAAGAGAUCACAUCUUUCUUUACUCGUUUCUCCUAAAGCACCAUAUAGCGUCGUUUGGUCAUGUCCUAAGCAUUAAAGUUGUUUCUCCUUCGCCGACAUGUUUCACAUUCCAGAAAUCAAUAGAGGAGUCCUGGAGGUCUUUAAAAAAAUCUCGGACCUGUCGCUUUACUACUUUACAAAAGUAUUUAUACCACUUAAACAUUUUUUUAAACUUAUUUUCAACCUUGCAACUACUAAGUUCAAUCUAUUUAAUUGGAGUUUUUGUGGUAGUCCAACAUAAAGUGGGACAAACGUGAAGUGGAAAGUAGAUGGUACACAGUUUUCAUAGAGGGUUCGCACAUCCUUAAGGUCUUAAAUUCAUGUAUCUAAAAUUAAGGCCUUGAAAUGUCUUAAAGUCAUUAAAAAAUGUAAGUUGACCUUAAUCAAUUUUGUCGAGGCAGGACUAUUUAAUCUGGCAUAUGCUACUAGAUAUAUGCUCACAGAUAUCUUCAUGGUAGCGGUUGAAGCUAGCACUAAUUAACUGGUAAUGUACCUGUUAGCUAGCUAGGUUUUUUCAUCUAUCAUGGGAAAUUAACUGCCAGUUGUCUGGAUAAUGUUCGUCUUCACCACUGACUCACUUCUGUUGCUAACCAACAUGAUGCUACUUACAUUUUGUUCAAAAAAUCUCGGCCUUACUUCUAUAUAAAAUAUGUAAUGUCAUUUUGUAAAUUUCUGUCAUGAUACAAGUUUUAAAUUUUAGUCAUAUUGUCCUUAAUUCGGUCUUAAAAUGACUUAAAUUUGAGUUGGUGAAGCAUGCAGAAACCCUGUUUCAAAUCUGAUUCGCUUUCAUCUCUUUGCUCUCUGCUAAGUAGUCCAGUUUAAAGUUCACCACAAGCCAUGUAGGGAAUACAACAAACAUGUGGAAGAAAAUCUGCUAAAGACAUAGGCCCAGUCAAAGUCCAGACCUAAAUAAAAAAAAAUAAAUCAGUGUCAAGACAUAAAGAUUGAUGAUUCAAGACUUUCUCCAUCCAAUCUUUCGGAACUUGAACUAAUUUGCAAAGAAGAAUGGGCAACCAUUUCAAUUACAGAUGCCCAACGCUGGUAGAGACAUAAUGCAAGAACAAAAGGUGGUUUUAUAAAUCGGUAAGUUUCUAAUGAGAGGGGAACAGGAAAGAGGCCAACCCAACUCCUCUAUCCACUGAGCCACAGUUGCUCUCAAAAUAUCCUCUGAAACUCUUCACAGUCAUGCGCUACGUUGUGUUGGUCCGUCACAUAAAAUCAAACUAAAAUACAUUAUCUUUUUUGGUUGUAAUGUUACAAAAUGUGGAGAAAAAAAAUAGUGGGCAAUAAAUAUUUUGAAAAGAUUUAAGACCUCCAGCGAACUCAAUGACAUUGACCUGGUCGCAUUAACCAUAUGUGUAAAAGUCACGCAAUAACACGACACCUCCCUGCUGUUCGCAACGGACUCCAACUGCACGAAGACAAAGUGUACAGCUGAACUCAUGAAGGUGGAGCUGUGGACACGUCGAACUUCAUGUCUGCCUGUUUUAUUGAACACACCAGGUGGAUUUGUUGAACUCUCUUGGAGUCUGUUUGGAGCAGGAAAGCACCUUAAUAGUCAAGUCUGUCUACACAGGGAAAGCCUUAUUUGGUAUACUUCAGUUCUCCAAGGUCAAACCGACAGAGACGGACUAAUCACAUCAACGGACACUUGACGAAUGGACUCCAUGGCAACACUACGUAACCAACAAUGCACGCUAAGGAAAGAAGGAAAAUCACCCCAAAGAAAGCCGACCUACGAGAUUCAGUUCUGUUCGAUACGAGUUGCUCAUGUUGCUUUGAUCUGUGAAAAUGCAGUCAUAUACGAGUUUAUUAUCGCUUAAGUUCAACCCUGCAGUUUUAUCUCACCACCAUGAUGGCUUCGCUAUGACAUUACAUGUGAGGCGCACAAUAUAGAGAAGACUUAAACUGCUUCAAAUUUGGUUUUUCAAACUUUAUCUUUACCUAAAUUUGAUGAUUACAUUUCAAGAUGCAUUCCAACCCCUGACAUGAAAAUUAAAGAAAUAAUGCUUA